AAUUUCAUUGCAUUCCCCAGCAACAAACAACUGCUCAAGAAAGCAGAAUCAUGGAGAAUAGGUGUCAGGCUAUCUCUCCUAGAAUUGUCCCGGAAAAAUCCCUUCUAAUCCCCCAGGAAAUGCACAAGCAAAACAUUCCACCAUUCCACAACACUAAUUGGUAUUCAAGUACCUUCUUUGACAUUUCAUAAUGGGUUCCAAGAAAUUCCCCAUGAAUCAUAUGGCAUGGCUCUUUGGGGACGGGGAUAUUUUGGGGCAGCCCUCCCUUGGGAAAAGUACAACCCAUGCAGGGUCAAAAGCCACAUCAUUCCACUCUCUAUCCUUUAUGCCACAAGAUUCAUGGAAACCAGCCAAUUACAGAAUUAACUGUCUAUAGAAUUAAUGCAGUUUGACACCACUUUAGCUGCCAUGGCUCUGUGCUAUGAAAUCCUGAGAGGUGUAAUUUGGUGAGGCACCAGAACCAUUUGGCAGAGAAGAUUAAAUACACUGACAGUUAAAGUGAUGUCAAACUGCAUUAAUACUGUAGCAUAGAUAGUAUGCUGAGAAGUUCUAUAUCCAGGUUCGUUUUGUCAGUGAGCUGUUUAACUCAGAGGUUGGAAAACUCUCUCCCCUUCUCUCUCUGCGUCAACAGCCUUUUGGACACAGGCCAACCUCCCUCCCUCCCCGUUCUCCCUCCCAUCCCCAAACUCUGGAAAACAUUAAAAACUUUGUAAAGAUCCACAUGUCCAAGGAAGAGUUGGGAUCUCCCCAUGCUGCUUCCACUUUCAGGAUCAUUCUCUUCUUGGACACAGCCUGGACACCCUCUCCCCCAAUUGAGCUGUUUUGCGAUUCCUCUUUUUCUUUCUCUCCUCCUUCUGGCUGAUGGAUACGAAAUCAUAGUAUUAUCAGCAAUCGAUGACCAUUGCAUCUAGUUUGGAGACCAAGAAGUGACACAAGAAGAAUUCAGGAGGGGAGAAGAGCCAUCUCCUUGCUCCAUCCUCUUCCUGUUGGCUUGAUUAUCACCUUUUGUAUUUUGGAAAUUUCAGCUGUCAUGGAAGCGCGAAGGAUUCGGCCAGGCUGACAUCGGGCUUCAGAGUGACUGAGGUGCAAUCUGCAACUUGAUAAGAGAGUGCAUGCGAGAUCUCUGCAGGGUUGCUUUGCAAUCUCCACUCCCAACUGCUUUCUUGAUUGGCGGAUUAUGGUGACAGGAAGAUGUUGGCCAGGAAGAGCAUCAUCCCUGAAGAAUACGUCCUUGCACGGAUUGCAGCAGAGAACCUAGGCAAGCCACGCAUCCGGGACCGCCCACGCAAGGCCCGCUUCAUUGCCAAGAAUGGAGCAUGCAACCUGGCCCACAAGAACAUCCGAGAGCAAGGGCGUUUCUUGCAGGACAUCUUCACCACUUUGGUGGACCUGAAGUGGCGUCACACCUUGGUGAUCUUCACCAUGUCCUUCCUGUGCAGCUGGCUCUUCUUUGCCAUGGUGUGGUGGCUGGUGGCCUUUGCCCAUGGAGACAUGGAAAUCCCUUGUGCUACCAUUGAAGAUCCUAGCAAGGGGAAGCCAUGUGUCACUUGUGUCAGGUCCUUCACCUCUGCUUUCCUCUUCUCUAUUGAGGUCCAAGUGACCAUUGGUUUUGGAGGCAGGAUGAUGACCGAAGAGUGCCUCUUAGCCAUCAUUGUCUUGAUUCUCCAGAACAUUGUGAGCUUGAUCAUCAAUGCUGUCAUGCUUGGUUGCAUCUUCAUGAAAACGGCUCAAGCACACCGGAGAGCAGAAACCCUGAUCUUCAGCCGGAAUGCAGUCAUUGCUGUUCGUAAUGGCCGGCUCUGUUUCAUGUUCCGAGUGGGAGACUUAAGGAAGAGCAUGAUCAUCAGUGCCUCAGUAAGAAUCCAGGUCGUAAAGAAGACCACGACCCCCGAAGGAGAAGUCAUUCCCAUCCACCAGCUAGAUAUUCCAGUUGACAAUCCCAUGGAAAACAACAACAUUUUCCUAGUGGCCCCUUUGAUUAUUUGCCAUAUCAUUGACAAGCGGAGUCCUCUGUAUGACAUCUCUGCCAAUGACCUGGCCACCCAAGACCUAGAAAUUAUCGUAAUACUUGAAGGUGUGGUGGAAACCACGGGGAUCACCACCCAGGCGAGAACAUCCUACAUAUCAGAAGAGAUCCUCUGGGGACAUCGCUUUGUGCCCAUUGUGACAGAAGAGGAAGGGACUUACGCAGUGGAUUACUCCAAAUUUGGCAACACAAGCAAAGUGGCAGCACCCCGGUGUAGCGCCAAGGAGCUGGAUGAGAAACCUUCCAUUCUCAUCCAAACACUCCAGAAAAGUGAGCUAUCACAUCAGAACUCUUUGAGGAAACGGAAUUCAAUGAGGAGGAAUAAUUCCAUGAGAAGGAAUAAUUCCAUGAGAAGGAAUAACUCAUCCUUCAUUGUGCCCAAAGUCCAGUUCAUGGCACUUGAAGGGAACCAAAACGCAAUGGAAACAUGACGGAUCUGAAACCAUUGCUCAUACAGUAGCUGUUUUGAGGAACCAAUAGUGUUAUUUCAUUAUUUAUGUAAAUAAACCAUGAAUCUUAACUGUAUAAACUUUUGAUGAAAUCAGGGCAUAGUCAUUACAGGUCAAAACAUAUAGAACAAGGAUUUGGGAAUAUGUGGCUAGCAAGUAAUAGUUGCACUAUAAUUCCCAUCAUCCCUAGCCAAAAGAGCCAAUGACAGAGGUUGAGUAGUUGUAGUUAUACUAAGAAUCAUUCUUUAUUUCAGGAUUCCAUAUUCCCUAAUCCUGAAAUACAGAAGGAGAAAUACCAUGGGCCAUGUUUGUAGCAUUUCACUGUGGUCAAGGGAUGUUCUCCACACUGAAAGAAACUUAACAUGCCAGAAUUUUAUAAAAGUUUAGAACCAGGGAAGACAAGUUUAUGCCUUAGCAAAAAGAGGGAAAAUGCAUUGUGAAAAAUGGGGCAAGAGUUGCAUGUGUAUGUAUAGAUAACAAUUUUGAAAACAUUUGUUAAAAACUCAAUAAAAAAAUAUAAUACACCUCACCAUAA